AUGGGCACCAGAUUGCAGCGUGAGUGCAGAUUAGCAUUUAUUUUAAGUGCUAUUAUGCUGGCCUUUUUAAGGUUAGUCCAUGAAGGAAAGGAAUAUGUUCUGCACUCUGUCAGCUUCCUGGAGAAGUACGAGGAAGAGAUGGGCGAUGCGAUGGAAAAGAUGAGUUCAGAGAAGGGAAAGGAACAACUGGCCCCGUCCUUUACCACAUAA